GCCUGGAAGGGACCGGGGCAGGCGGGUCCCCGAGCCCCGGUGCGUCGCCCGCCCGGAGGACUGGAGCCCCCAGGAGGGAAGUCGCUCCUUCCGGGGGACAGAGCACGCCCCGGCCAGAGCUUAAGGCGGUGGAAGUAGGACCAGCCCCGGGGCCGGGCACAGCCAGCCUCUGGACACUGACUCAGACAGAGCAAAGGACGUCCCUGUCCCACGGAGGGGCUGGAACCAGAGGGAACCUCCCCCAGACCUGUGCUCUUUCACCCAAGUCAUCUCUCACUGUCCAGGCCCGCUGUCUUGCCCUUCCCCCAAGUCCCUUCUUCUGAGCUUUAAGUUUCUUUGCUUCCAGGGCUGCCAAAACUUGGAAAUCAAUGAGUGAUCCCCACCCCUUUGCUGCUGGAAUCACCCCCGAUUUCCUUUCCAAUCUUCUGAUCACUUGGCUUGUGAUUCAGUGUGGCACUGGGCACAGGACAGUGCCUUCUGGUCUUAGGGUAAAAUUGGGAAUGGUACCAAAGUUUUCUCUGGGGCUGACUACCAUCUCCUGUUAGUCCUUCUAGAUGUUGAUGGGGGGGUGGGUGACAGGAGUUGGGAUUAGCUGAUAAACAGUUUUAAAAGACCAAUUCCAAUGUAGGCAUCUUGGUAUACACCAGCAGAUGGUAUGUAGGUGGGUAUAUUUUAUUGCUUUUACUGGAGGUUUAGAUUUGGGUUGAAAAAUGGGGUGCACUGACCCCGUGAAACAUGGUGGGUAGCCUUAGAAGGCAGAAAUCAUGGCUUUCCUUUCUCCCAUCAAAUUUUCUUCCUUUCCAUUUGAUUUGGUGGUGAAUCUUAAUGGGCACCUGCCCCCUGGCAACUUCUUGGAAACCGUCCUCAGGGUUUGUUUCCUCCUAGUAGGCCUCUGCAGUGCCGCUAUUGUGUUUAAGUAAACAGGCCACUUGCCUACUCAGCUGGCAGCUUGACGGAGUGCUACGCCUAGAUCUUGUCAAAUCUCUUUGUGGUUGAGCGUCUGCCAGGCCUAGAGGGGUCCCGAGAAGCAAUGGCCACAGAAGUCCCUGUGAACACAGCACCACCGGAGCCCAGCGCUGUCGUCGGCAUUGCAACUGGCAGCUUUCUUUGGCAGUCAAACUCCCUCAAAAUGCAUGUCAUCAGGCCCAAGUCUGCCAAGGGCCGGACGCGGCCCACUCUGCACAAACCCCAGGGGAAGGAGGACAGCCCCCAGCGCACUGCUUCCCCCUGGUCACCAGCCAUUCCCUGCGAGUCUCCUGGCAGCCAGAAGCCAGGAGCCUGUGCGCCCAUUUCUCCAGCCCAGAGGGCCUUCGAGGAGAUCCCUGAACUGCUGCAGCAGGGGCCCCUCGCGGCUUCCUCUUCCCUCAAUAAGUACCCCGUCCUGCCUUCCAUCAGCAGGAGGCGCCUCCAGGAGGGGGCUGUGGACACAGUAGCCAAAAAGGCCAGCUCACUGCAACUGAGCAGCAUCCGGGCCCUUUACCAAGAGGAGGCCUGCACUGUGAAGCCAAGCAAAGAAGAUUCCAGAGCUUGCGCUGGUGCCCUGGAGAGGAAGUUUGCCACUGGAACCAAGAAGCAGGGCCCCUCCCAGGAUCGAAACCUGGAGGAACCCUCAGACCAAGAACCCAGGCUGCUGCUCGCUGUCCGAUCGCCCUCAGGCCAAAGGUUCAUCCGCCAUUUCCGGCCAACUGAUGACUUACAGACAGUGGUGGCCGUGGCUGAGCAGAGGAACAAAGCGACCUACCGAGGCUGCAGCAUUGAGACCAUGGAGGUGCCCCGGAGACGGUUUUCUGACCUCACCAGAUCGCUGCAGGAGUGCGGGAUCCCCCACAAGUCCGUGCUGGGCAUCUCCCAGGAGGAGAGGGAGGGGUGGCCCUGAUCCGCACCACUUAGCUGGGGUCCUGGGUCUCUGAGCAAGGAGCGUGCUUGGGUGCCCGGGCCUCCCAGGCAGCCUGGCUCCGAGUGCCAUGUGAGCCCGGUGCAGCUGUGGUCCCUGGGUCCCAUCUCCACAGCAUAUCAUCUGCUGAUGUGCUGAGCGCACAGCAAAGACUCCUUGGACCACCCUCCGUGCUCUCCACCUCUGGAGCAGCUGGAAAUGUCCAAGGCUGUUCCUUAAACAGCUACAGCCAGUGUGCCGGGUCCUCCUAAAACAGAGAUUCUUUCUAGAGCAUUUCCUCUCUGAACACAAACCCUGACUCUCUUGAAGCCGAUGGUUUGCCUUUCUGUAUUUGAUGCAGGAUUAAACACUAGAGAGGAUUCUAAUCUGGUAAAUAACCAGGGUCUAGGAAAUAUCUAACUAGCAUUUGUAUUUCUUGCAAGUGAAUCUUUAAGAAACAGGCUGCUGACCUUGUCUCUGGAAGCAGCCCCUCUGCUGGGCUUGGGGGUGGUCAGUUGCUUAGGGAUUUCUAUUUGUGUGAUGAGGCAUCAAAGGGAAGACGAGGUCUUCUGCUAUUGCAAAUCCCCCCAAAUAGCACCAUUUCUAGCCGUCCCGGAGCCAGAGGUAGGUGCUCCCACAGCCCUGGAUUAGGCAGUGCUGCUAUUCAAUGGGAACCAACUUGGGUUUCCACUCCUGUAGCUUCUCCAUGCACACUUCCUCCAAAACUGAGAAAAGCCAAUGCAAUCUGAUUUCCUUUGCUUUUGUCACGGAUGGAAUCUUCUGUUUUUGAAAUAGACAAACCUACAAGUCUGUUCAAGUUUGUACUAAGGGCCCCUUAUAAAUAGUUUCAUUCCCCAGUUUUGGUGUCACACCCACUUCAAGCAUGGAAGGUCCUUUGAGGCAAUGACAGCACACCCUGUGCAGGAGGAGGAGCGCACCUGCCUGGGGUUGCUUUGCUGUGCCCGUGCCAAGACCACGGCCAUGAGGCAGGCUGGCUGGCACCAAGUGCCUUAGCCCCAGAUGCCCUGAAGACUGUGGCGUCCUGAUUUUCCAAGGCUGAAGUUGAGAUGUGGACAAGUUGCCAAAGUUUUCUUGUAUUGUGGGUCCAGCCAAACCUGCACAGCUCAUCUGGAUCCCUUUACUCUGAAUCACCAUUCAGAGUAAGGAACACUCAGACCUUCUGGGCACUGGCACCCUCAGAGCUUGGCCCUCACAAAGCUGUGGGUACUGGUACUUUCCCCCACCUCCUAGGUACACAGGGAAGGCAAGAGUCAGGGGUUCUAACAGCAUACAAAUGUUGCUGCCUCACCUCCAAGGACAGCUUGUGCACAGAUACAGCUGGUGGUUGGAAAUGUGACUUCUGGUGCAUUCUGUGAAGAAGGCUGGC